CGUAUAGUAAUAGAUGUAAAAGAUGUAAAAACGAAUGAGCGCACGUACCAGUCGGUUUUGCGUAUAGCGUCGGCUGAUAUUUUCUUUCUGUGUGGUUAAACUCAUUCUCAAGGAAAAGGUCAUCAAAGUGCCAGCUAGUGACCCAAAUAAACUUUAUCGGUGCGGAGUUUUGUAUGACAUCGUCAAUAAGUUGAAUGUGUUCCCGGAAAUCGACCUACAUGAUCUCACGACUAAUUCAAAAAAUUGGUUCAAAGCUGUGCCGAUGUAUCUAUCUAUGCAACGCGAGAUAGAAGAAUUUAAUUUGCUGCGAGCACAUCAAGAGCCACCGAAGAAACGCAAAAAGAGAAAGCACAGAAGACCGAAGGGUAAGAAAAGAAAGUGGAUCAUCAAACGAAAACAAAUGCUCGACGAUUUGGAAUAUCUACCGUGCAUUCGCAAUUUGGUAGUACUUCCGAUGUGUGAUUUUCGGCGUACGCACUUCAAAAUCGACUCUUCGAGUAUGUAUCAGAUCUUGUCUUCUCAAAAAUUGAUUCCGAAACAGUUAACUGAAGACGGAAAACCAAGUGGAAAAAAUAUUUCACAAACGGCUUUCAACGAGAAUAAAGAUUACAUAUGGAAUCAGUAUUUUUAUAUGCGUAAAAUUCGGUGGUUUGUGCGCCGCAAAAAUAAAUUUGACUUUUCGAUAAACAGCGAUGGAAUUGCUGUGUCUCUGCAGUAUUCCACCAAAAAGAAGGAGACCAGCAACACACAAUCGGGCACCAGUCGCUUGGACAUCAUUGACAUGUUGAAGGCGGGCAAAUUCAAAAGAUUGGGAGGUACAGAUUCAGGCAUGCGGAACUGGAAUACCACAACAAUACAUGAAAUUGAUACUUGCAAAGAAAUCAACUUUGUUAAAAAGAGCAAGCAGUUCCAUUGGGAGACACAUCAGAACGUACGAAACGCAAAGGCGAAGCGAUUCACGAAAAAUUUCAUCGAGAAAGAAAGACAAGAUCGAGAGAAUCGUGAGCUGUACGCAAUGAUGCCAUCACCAAAAGGUUCACAGUGGCUGAGCUAUAUUAAGCAUCGAGUUAAGAUGACCAAACAUGGAAUCGAAGCUUACUCGACUGCAAAGUACACUAGACUCGCCUUGGACAAAUACAUUAGGAGCAACAAAGCUAUCGACGGAUUUGUGAACAAGAUCACCAAUAAGGAACCGACUCUGUUAUUCCAUGGUCGCUAAGAAGCGACCAUACAUUGUUGUCGUGCCGGUGGACGAAUGGGGAACAUCUCAAACAGACGCAAGAUGUAUGUGCCGAUUCUAAAACCAACCCAAAUCGGCCAAAUUCAAGAUGUGUCGGUGCAUACGCAACGCCAUAACACUGCUUCCAGCCAAAAUUGUGUCUAAGUUUGGCAAGACAGAUACAUCUACAUAUCGACAGUUACAACGCACAUUGAACGGAGCAUUUGAAAUAGAAGAGGAGCUAAUGUCAAGAGUAAAACCUUACUACAAAAAAUGGCAAUUAGACCUCGAAUGCACCGUGAAUUGGCAUCGUGACGUCGUGGCUGCUAAGAACAUUCUACUGAAAGGACUAUGGACAUUGCUUGGGCUUCCAAUACCUGCUGCAAUCAACCGAUAUUGGAAUCAAAUCAACGCCGAUGCCGCCGUCUUCGACGACGAUAACGACGUGGACAUAUCCGAGCCCGAGUUCGAAUAGCAGCCAACUAAUCAUCACAAUA